AUGGACAAGAUCGUCGCGCAAUACUCGCGCCCAUCCCAUCAGAAUGAGUUCUACUCCGAGCAAGAGCAACAGGACCUCACGGAGACCCUCCCUCCGCUGUCCCUGAAGUUUGCCCUUCCUCCCGUCGCCAAUCCCUCCGCUUUCCUCCGUGCCAUGACCGAUGACCACUCCAACCCCAGCUGCCCGAUCAAGCUCGCUCACGGAACAACAACCCUGGCCUUCCGGUUCCAGGGCGGCAUCAUUGUGUGUACCGAUUCCCGAGCAACGGCAGGAAACUGGAUUGCCAGUCAGACAGUGAAGAAGGUUAUCCCCGUGUCGCGGUUGAGUCGUGGCGAGGAUAAGCCCUCAAAUGAGCCUACCCCGGGUCUUCUGGGAACGAUGGCCGGUGGUGCUGCUGAUUGCCAAUAUUGGUUGCGGUAUUUGAGUCAGCAGUGCACUCUGCAUGAGAUCCGACACAAGCGCCGAAUUACGGUUGCAGCAGCCUCCAAGAUCCUCGCAAACCUGACCUACUCGUACAAGGGCUACGGCCUCAGCAUGGGAACUAUGCUUGCAGGAGUUCGUACCACCGCCUCAUUUCUACCCAGCAAUCAAGUAGGGCUUGAACUAACGUCGACCGCUUUUAUAGGUAACCCCCAAGAAGGCCCCGCCCUGUACUACAUCGACUCAGACGGCACCCGCCUCCCCGGCAACCUGUUCUGUGUCGGCUCCGGUCAGACAUUCGCCUACGGUGUGCUGGAUGCCAACUACCGGUACGACCUGACCGAGGAGGAGGCGCUGGCCCUGGGCCGACGUGCCAUUCUGGCUGCCAUGCACCGUGACGCAUACUCUGGUGGUUUCAUCAACCUCUAUCACGUCAAGGAAGAGGGCUGGGUGCACCACGGCUUCGAUGAUAUGAACCCUAUUUUCUGGAAGACGAAGCUGGAGAGCGGCGAGUUCUCGAAUGUUACGUCGGAGUUGUAG